AUGUCAAACAACAGCUCCUCCCCGCCCCACGACGACCGUACAAACAGUACCGCCAUCCCAGCAUUCACCCCCUCUCGCGUCCAGUCCAUCCUCACCUCCCGCAACCAGCACCCGCCCCCCUUCCUCUCCCUCUUCUACCUCAACACCGCCACGAUAUACUGCGCCGCCAUCACCGACAGCCUCGACGCCAUGCAGACCCAGGUCCUCCCCAGCCGGGCCCUCACCGACGACGAGAUCGGCGCGCUGGCGGACCACAUGGGCGCCACCACCGGCAUCGUCCUCGCCUCUCGGCCCGCCAUCCUGGCCACCACCCUCUUGCUCGCCUGGCGCGGCCGCGCUACCUUCCGCUUCCCCUUCUGGCAGCCCAAGUGGGUGAAGACGUCGCAGGACGUGUUCCCGUCGAUUGCCCAGCCCUGGCUGCGCGACGAGAAGACGGCGAGGCUCGCGUGGCAUGCGAGCCGGGUGGUGACUUAUGGGGUGCUGUGCUACUUGGUCGUGCCGUUUCCCCUUGUGACGUACGCACACGUCAGGGGUACACAGGGCAUCGCGUCGGACCCGAGGCUACAGGAGAUUUUCGCGGAGUCGGUGCAGUAUAAAGAGGAAAUGAAGAAGUUGAGGUUGCGCUAA